AUGGAGGGGUUCCUGAAGGCCAUAGGUGCUAGUGGGGUCCGGGGACCCCAGAAAACGCAACCGUCAUUGCUCGCAGACUGGCAGGAUUACUCAAGCCGUGGCUCCGAUCUUGAGGCUGGUGGUGGCGCGUCAACAAGUUCUACUUCAGCGCUGUUUCAGUCUGCAGAGCAGGCGGGCACCAAGGUGACAAGUUUCCUUUCCGAAUCCUUUAAAACAGUACAAACUGGAGUUACAACUGGAGUAAAUUCUGUCGCAAGUGGAGAAGCGUUCAGCAUACCAAGCGGACAGGCGUUGGUCUACUUCUUUUCUUUUAUGGCAGCUGGAGCUGUGUUUUUGAUGUUAGCGUUCAUGCUCUUUCUGCCUGUCGUUAUCUUGGCACCCUCGAAGUUUGCACUCAGCUUCACCUUGGGUUGCCUCAGCAUCAUGGUCGGCUUCAUGCAGCUCCGUGGCUGGAAGCAGCAGCUCCAGCACAUGAUGUCUUCCGAGCGAUUGCCAUACUCCAUGGGCUACAUUGGCAGUGUCCUGGCCACUCUGUACGCCGCACUCAUCAUGCGGUCCUAUCUCUUGUCGCUGCUGUGCUCGGGAUUACAGGUCGUGGCGCUGCUAUAUUACUUGAUGUCGUACUUCCCGGGCGGCGCCAACGGUGUCAAGUUUAUGCUGGGCUUGUUCUACCAGGCGGCUCUUCGCUGCUUCAACAGCGUGUACGCCAUGGUUGCCAAAUGA